AACAAUCACUUCAAGAGAAAGAAUUUUUAAGGACAAAAUUAUAAGAAAGUGUUUACGAAGUGACCCAGACUAGUUCAAAAUAAUGCCGGCACCAAACGUUGGUCAUGCUUAUUGCUCUGCCUUUUGGCUCACUUCUAGUUCUAGAGGAUCAUUCCCUGACGCUGUCAAUAGAAAAAAAAAAAAAUGCACAAGAUUACAAGAUGUUUGUUGUUAUAUCAGCCAUUUGGCAAUGCAAUUCCUUAGCUUAGACAACCUUCGUCAUAUUUCACAACUCGGAUCUUCCAAACCCCACCACCGUAAAGAAAGAAAACUUUCAGUGCAGAGCCAAAUGGGUCGAAAUCGAAAUCCUAUGUGGGUGCUCUUCAUGGUGGUGUUCCCGUUCCUUCCAAUGGCUCAGACAGAGGAUGAGGAAGUGAAGCAGGCAAUGUUGAGAUUCAUGGAGAAACUUGAACCCAUGAAUACACCUAGAAAUAUGAACUGGGGUUGGAACAUGUCUUCAGACCCUUGCAUUGACAGAUGGUAUGGGGUUCAAUGUUAUUCAAGAGCAAGAUUUGUGAAGAACAUAGUUCUCGAGGAUUUUGGUUUCACGGGGAUCUUAGAUGCCGCUUCUCUCUGCACAGUGCAGCUUCUUCAAGGCCUUAGCUUGAAGAACAACAACUUACAUGGCCUCAUCCCUGAGGAAAUAGAAAUGUGCAAAGCAUUGAGUCUUCUGUAUUUAAGUGGCAACAAUUUCUCCGGCGACCUUCCUCUUUCUAUUUCACUGUUAGGUAAUCUGAAAAGGAUCGAUGUUUCCGAUAACAACUUGUCCGGAGACCUUCCUGAUAUGAGUCAUAUUACAGGGUUACAAUCUUUUCGAGCCCAGAACAACAAAUUCACAGGAGAAAUUCCCAACUUUGUUUUCUCCAACCUGGAGGAGCUCAAUCUCUCCAGCAACAAUUUGCAGGGUCCAAUUCCUGACGUGAUAAGCUUGUUUGGAGCAGACAGCUUUUCUGGUAAUCCCAACUUAUGUGGACCCCCACUUGAAAACAAAUGUCCUUCUCUUCCUCCUCCUGCAAUACAUAAGAAGCACAGCGGAAAAUCUCUCGGUCGUAGCUUGGCCAUUUAUUCUGGGUUCGUGAUUCUUGGUGUGCUCGUCCUGCUUUACUUGACAUUCAAGAUUGUCAAGCGUUACAGAGCCAAAAAGGAGCCAUUGAAUGUGGAGAAGGAGGAAGUGAGGAAGGAAGCUAGCAAGGUAAAGUCUCCAGAAUGUUCCAAUGAAGUAAAUGGGAUUGUGAUGAGAUCAGAGUAUUCAGUGUCAUCUGUUGAGGCAGGGAUGACGUCAAUAAAUCUGGUGGUUCUCAAGAGUCCAGUUGUGAGGGCACUGAGAUUUGAGGACUUGCUGAGAGCUCCUGCAGAAUUGGUAGGGAGAGGCAAGCACGGAAGCCUGUACAAGGUGAUGCUGGACAGUGGGAUGGUUUUAGCAGCGAAGAGAAUCAAAGAUUUGGGAAUUUCAAAACAAGAUUUUGAGAAGAGGAUGCACAAGUUAGACCAAGUGAAGCAUCCCUGUGUACUGCCUCUUCUUGCAUUUUAUUGCUCCCAGCAAGAGAAGCUUCUGGUUUAUGAGUUUCUGUUUAAUGGCAGCCUCUUCAAGAUGCUACGUGGAUCUCAGAGUGGCAAAACUUUUGGCUGGGGAAGCAGACUAAAUGUUGCAGCGAACAUAGCUGAAGCCUUGGCUUACAUGCACGAGGAGCUUCGUGAAAGUGGGAUAGCUCACGGAAACUUGAAAUCCAGGAACAUACUGUUUGACAAGAACAUGGAUCCAUGCCUUAGCGAGUAUGGAUUAAUGGUGGUUGAGGAUCAAGAUAAACCUGUCUUUUACAAAAGCAGCAUGAAGAACAGAAAUAGCAGAAAUCCCAGUGGCGGUUCCGGAGCUGAAGCUUAUAGCACCUUCAAGGUGGACACAUAUGCGUUUGGUGUGGUGCUUCUUGAACUUUUGACGGGAAAAGUGGUUCAGAAUAACAAUGGGUUUGAUCUGGUUCGGUGGGUAAACUCAGUGGUGAGAGAGGAAUGGACGGUUGAAGUAUUUGACAAGUGUUUGACGACAGAGGAAGCUAAUGAAGAGAGGAUGAUGACCUUGUUGCAGAUAGCACUGAAAUGCGUGAGUGCUUAUCCGAAUGAGAGGCCAAAUAUGAGUGAAGUUGCAGUGAUGACGAUUUCUUUGAAGGAGGAGGAAGACAGAUCCAUAACUUUUAACCCCUGACCCUUAUGCAGUGAAUUUUGUUGUUUUAUGUGCCUUUUAUUUUACAUGUCUGAUCAUAAAAUGACUUCUUCCGCGGAUUCUCUAUGCAAAUUCAAACUUUUCUCCUUUGUAUUAGAUUUAAGCAAAUCGUGAUAACCUCAUGUUUUGUGAUAGAGAUUAAUUGAUGUAUUUAGUCAUCGCAGGGAAGAUAUUCUAAAUUCCUUU